GAAUCUAUAAAUAUGCAGAUUUUGUCCGUUUCAAAACUUCAACUGUUGGACGCAAGAUGUCUUCUACAGUGAAAAGUCUUCUCUCAGUGCACUGGAGGUUUCAAGUUCAAGAUUACACUUGUAUGAAUGUGAACACGAAGAUGAAGAUGAAGCAACAAGUAAAAAUAACGGAAUAGUUUAGUUUUGGUGUUUUUAAAGAAUCUGCACCAAUGUGUAUUCUGAAGUGCGGGGAAGCGAAAUUGUGUUGGACAGCUGAGGACCUGGCCUGCCCAGGGCGAGGAGCCAAAAGGGCAAAGUGCAAAGUAGCAGUUGAGGUAGGAGAGGACACCAAUCACAAGAACUGUGACACAGACUUACUUAAGCACACUCCAGAAACUCUCUCAGCGGGAAUCGGUGACUGAACCAGUUCCUCUCACCCUGUGGACCACUGGCUGAGCGCGAGGCUAGAAGAGUGUGAUCCUCCACGUGAGUCCCAGGCGACAGUCCUGUGUGUUGUAGCCUGCUCCAGCGGUAACCAUGACGACUGCAGAGCCACUUAAUGGACUCCGGCACCGAAACAUCAAGGCCCAUCAGUCAGAUGAGCUCUCCAGUCAUGCUGAGAGCCAUAAUAAUGUGCAGGAGGACACUCUAAGACAGUGGCAGAAACAUGCACAGAAAGUGAAGGUAAAAGUCCUGGAGCAGGUCCAGGAUCAGCUCAGUGACAUUCUAGACAAAGCUCUGACUGAGUCCGUCCAGGCUUUCACCCACAUCCAGCCGACCACAAACGGAAAGACGACAAAAAACUCCUUAUCCAGAUCGCAGAAAAUGUGUGAUGGCAAAGUGUUUAUGGGCAGGGUAUCAUUGCUGGAUGAACUGUUUGAGAUCAGUCACAUAAGAACCAUCUACCACAUGUUCAUAGCCGUGCUCCUCAUCUUCUGCCUGAGCACACUGGCUGUCGACUACAUCGACCAGGGCAGGUUGGUCCUGGAGUUUGACCUGCUUUUCUUUGCCUUUGGGAAGCUGGGAACAGUCACCUGGGCCUGGGUUGUGAUGUUUGUCUACACCCUGCUGGUCCCUUACUACACCCUGGUGUUUUGGGGUUCCUUGUACCACAGCUUCUCCUCCAAGUUGGGGCUGUCUCUGGGGACAGGGCUGAUCUUGUCUGCUGUACAGACCUGUGUUCUAGGACUGUUCCCAAUCUACGUAGUCGUUGACAACCAGCUGCCACCAGCCUCACGGUUCAUUGUGAUACUGGAGCAGAUUCGAUUCCUGAUGAAGAGCUACUCCUUCAUAAGAGAAACUGUUCCUGUUAUAAUGAAGGAUACACCAAAGGAAGGAGAAAGUCCCAGAUUCCCAUCAUUUUCCAGCUAUCUGUACUUCCUCUUCUGUCCAACUCUCAUCUACAGGGAAUCAUACCCACGAAAUACCCACAUAAGAUGGAAGUAUGUUGGUGUUACUCUUGGCAUGAUCUUGGGUUGCCUUUUUUACGGCUACUUUAUUCUGGUGCGCCUCUGUGUGCCCGUCUUCAGACCCGAGACCAACCAGCCUUUUAGUAAACGGACAAUGGUUCUGGCUGUGUUCCACUCAAUAUUACCAGGUAUAAUGCUCCUUCUGUUGUGUUUCUUCGCCUUCCUGCACUGCUGGCUCAACCUCUUCGGGGAGCUGCUGCGUUUUGCUGACAGAAUGUUCUACAAGGACUGGUGGAACUCUACAUCCUUUGCCAACUAUUACCGUACCUGGAAUGUAGUGGUUCAUGACUGGCUGUAUUACUACGGGUACAGAGACUUCCUCUGGCUGUCGAAAGGGAAAUUCCGAGCAGCUGCCAUGCUCUCAGUGUUCAUCGUCUCUGCUGUCGUCCAUGAGUACGCCUUGGCCAUGGGCUUCGGCUUCUUCUACCCCGUCAUGUUUUGCCUCUUUGCGGUCUUUGGAGUGGUGUUCAAUUUUACCAUGAACGACAAGCGUCAGAGCCCCGUGUUCAACAUCAUCAUGUGGGCAUGUCUCUUCCUUGGCCAGGGUGUCCAGGUUUGUCUGUACUGUCAGGAGUGGUACGCCCAGAUACACUGUCCACGGAGGGAGGUAUGGAAUCCACUUUUAAAACAUGUCUGCUGCUUGACAAGGCAGACAUCACUAUAUUUUAUAGCAACAGAAAAAUGGAACGAGCUACAGAUAUAAAACCAGAUACCAUGUGACUGCAGGUUGUAUCUUACAUGAAAUAGCAACCUGUUUGUUUGUAGUAGUCUGCAUUAAAAUGUGGAAGUGGAAAAAACAGCCAAAAUUGAAACACAGUUCAUGUUAAGACUGAACUAAAACACUAAACGUACUGUUAUAUGCUACAUGACUAGAUUACAUGAUUUGUACUUGAGGAGUUUGGUGCUUGACGUCACACAGACGGCAGUAACCAGAUGAAUCUGACCCCUUUCACUGUUUCAUUUGAUUUUCUCUGUUCUUAUCUGCACUCAUUCAUGAGCAUCUGUUACUACAUAGACUACAUGCAGAAGUGUAGACACACAUACAAAGUGCGUCUGUAAAACUCUGACAUGUAGUCAACCCGUAGGAAGCCCCCCCCCCCCCCUCACCCCCACCCCCUCCAAGUCCAGGCGUUUGAUGAAGUCGCAGAUGUGAAGGAUUUGCAUGACAGAUGGGCACAGAUGUACUUAACAUACUUCCUCUACUAUGAACUACUGCAUCUCUGCGUAUCCCCAGCUAAGGCCUCCUCUACAGCUAGUGGCAUCAUUCACACACACACACACACACACAAUGGCUUAACACAGAUAACUGCUGUCUAAAAAUAGGGGUGAUGUCUGUAAAAUGGGAUUAUUACAUGACAGUAAAAUGGAUGUUAAAUCAUACAGAUACAGAUAAAUGUAUAAAAAGAUUAUAGAUUAUGUUUCUAGACGGAGGAGGAGGCACAGUGUGUGAAUAUUUAAACUAAUUAUUCUACUCUUUCUCAUCAGAAUAGUUUCUGGGAGCUGGUGACGCCUCGAUCCUGGUCCUGCAGCUACCAGAGAUGAAGCUGCCUUCCUCCUGGGCUGGAGGGAUAGGUGAUGAAAAGAUGGAAGUCUGCAAAUCAUGACAGACUAAACACUGACAAAAGCGUGGAUGGAAAAACUUUAAAAUAUGUGAGGUUUCCUGUUUUUAAUGUGUAAAGAUUUUUUUGGGGUCAAGAUGUGACUGUCACUGCUAUCUUUAUGUUGUUAUACGGGUAUGAUGUUAUCCACAUGUCACUGAUCUAUCACCUCUGAAUUAUUUCAACUUCCUAUUUGUACCAAUAGUAUUAAAUAGCGUUUAAUGAUUCAGGCUGUGUAAUGCUUUCUUGAAAAAUUACAGUUAUGGACGGAUUUUUUUAAUAUCAAGUGCUGGGAGAAUAUAAUACUGUCAGCUAACUGUUGCACAUUAAUUAACAAGUUUAUCUUCUGGUAAGUGGAUUUUUGAUGUUUAUACAGAGCUGGGCUAUUUCCUCCUAUAUUCAGUCUGAAUUUGAGCUAGGAAGCUAAUUGCCUCCUAGCUCAAUUCUUAUAUACAAUAAUGUACAGGGGAGAAAGUGUGUAGUGUAUAUAGUUAUAAUGUAAUUCUUUAAAUUAUUAAAUAUAUUUAAAUGUUUUCAAAUUAAGCCCUCAAGGACUCAGACCAAAGAACAAUUUAUUACAGACUACAAUGUGUACUUCCUUUUUAUUUCUGCUGUAUUUGCAUUAAAGCCAGACAUGGUUACAAAACCUGAAA